UGCUUACCUGGUCAGAUCAGACCGAGGGACGAGGUCACGUGGGUAAAGACCCUUCCUUAUUGACACUGUAGGUAAUACGAGAACAGUUUCCGUCCUGAUAUUAGAUGUCAUUUAUGCAAACUUCUAUAUAACAACAUCGCUGAUAAUUUUAUCAGCGCUCGCCACACACUUUGUGACACAACCUCUGCGAGCGUGUCAAACACAAACGAUCAUCACAUGACAUUCAGAAGACCCGCCCGGAGACAACAUGUCGAGAAUGUCUAAAAUAGGCUGCUUUAUAAGCAAACUCUCCAGAAAGAAAAGAGUCAACCUCAGUGAAGAAACCUCAUUGGCUAGAGUCCUUACGACGUGUGAUCUGAUUGGUCUAGGUAUUGGGAGUACUCUUGGAGCAGGUAUCUACGUUGUGGCUGGGCAGGUAGCCCGUCAGACUGCAGGGCCUUCUGUUGUCCUGUCAUUUCUCAUAGCAGCUGUUGCAUCAGUGUUUGCAGGGAUAUGCUAUGCGGAGUUUGCUGCGCGGGUGCCGAAGGCAGGAUCAGCCUAUGUGUACAGCUAUGUCACUGUCGGGGAGCUGAUUGCCUUUGUGAUUGGCUGGAAUCUGAUCCUGGAAUAUGUCAUAGGCACAGCUAGUGUGGCCCGAGCGUGGAGCUCCUAUUUCGACUCUCUCAUCGACAACAAGAUACAGGACUUCUUCAAGGAAAACAUGCCGAUGGAUGUCACAGGGUUGUCACAAUACCCUGAUUUCUUUGCUUUCAGCAUUACAUUAGUUCUGACAGUUCUACUUGCUGUUGGUGUGAAGGAGUCGACAAUGUUCAACAACAUCUUCACCGUUGUCAACCUGCUGGUUGUCACCUAUGUCAUUGUGUGUGGACUGUUCAAGGCUGACGCUCACAACUGGUCCAUCCCCAAAUCAGAGGUUCCCAGCGAUGCAGGAUCUGGAGGGUUUAUGCCCUUUGGGUUUUCGGGGAUGAUGUCCGGGGCCGCCACCUGCUUCUACGCCUUUGUCGGCUUUGACUGCAUUGCCACUACAGGUGAAGAGGCCAAGAAUCCCCAGCGUGCGAUCCCCAUAAGCAUCGUGGUAUCCCUCAUUGGCAUCACCGUUGCAUACUGCGGCCUUUCCACGGUCCUCACCCUUCUCUGCCCCUACUACCUUCUUGACCCCAAUGCUCCUCUCCCCAUCGUGUUCGACCGGCUUGGCUGGGGGGUGGCCAAGUACGUAAUUGCCGUGGGGGCCAUCUGUGGACUCUCUACAAGUCUUCUUGGUGGAAUGUUUCCUUUACCCAGAAUCCUCUAUGCUAUGGGGAAUGAUGGCCUUCUGUUUCGGUUCCUCGGUAAAGUUGUUCCUCGUUUCCAGACACCUGUGGUGGGGACUCUCAUCUCAGGUUGUUUCGCAGGUACCAUGGCGAUGCUGUUCGACCUGAAGGAGUUGGUGGACAUGAUGUCGAUAGGUACACUGCUGGCCUACACCUUGGUGGCAGUCUGUGUUCUUAUACUCAGGUAUCAGCCAGAUGAGUACAUGACCGGAGAAGUGCCUGACCAGCCUUUAACUGGGCCGAUAUCAUCCCGUGACCUGUUCUCUCCACGGUCCUGCGAGCCCACCCGCGUCUCAGGCAGAUUGACAUCAUAUUGUGUUGGAUUCCUGCUUCUUACAAUCUGUGCAUUUUGUGCUGUGUUGAUCUACGCGGCUCCGGAACUGGAAAAAUAUACAUGGUGGGCAAUAGUCAUGGCAGUUAUGUUUGGCUCUGCAGUUCUGAUGACAGUCAUUGUUGUCUGGAGACAACCACAGAAUAAAAGUAAACUAUGGUUUAAGGUUCCGGGUUUACCUUGGGUCCCUGCUCUUAGCGCCUUCAUCAACAUCUAUUUAAUGAUGAAACUCUCCGUUCCGACGUGGAUCAGGUUUGGGGUCUGGAUGUUUAUAGGUUUCGCUAUUUACUUCGGCUAUGGCGUGCGACAGAGCUCAGAAAACAGACGAGAGCUGCUGCAACCUCACUAUGGAUCGAUUAACAGAGACAUAGAAGACCCACCACCUGAAUAUCAAGAGGAACCAGACCCUGUGGACGAAAAAGCGCCAUUGCUGUCCAACCGUACGCGCAGCAGGAACGGUUCGAGAGUAGGAAUGAACGGGGCAUCCACGUCAGUUAACCAAAAGACGGAUGAUGGUGACUCGAAACAACACGUGUUUGCAAAUGUGACUGACGUUAAUGAACCGACAGCUCCUCCCAAGGAAGAGAACGACGAACCCCUAGUUCCCAUGAAGGAGUAGACCUAUAUGUUAUUUUUCUUCUUGUUUAAUACAACAAACAGCAAUAUUGUAGCCUCAAGAAUAGUGAGUGAGUGAGUUUAGUUUUCGUCGCACUCAGCAAUAUUCCAGCUAUAUGGCGGCGGGCUGUAAAUAAUCGAGCCUGGACC